AUGGUUAGCGGAGCUCUAAAUGUUGUGUUAGAUGACUAUGUAUUGAAUUUUGUAGACAAAUUGAAUGGCAUCUACGGUGAUGUGUCUCUAUCUCUUCCUAACCCUGCAGGUACUACCACACAUCAUUUCAGGCCUGGAGACCAAGUCUUUGUGAAGUCCUUCUUCAAUUCCGGAACCUUUGAUCCACCAUAUGGUCCUUCGACAACCGUUGCUGCCAUCACCCGAACAGCCGUUCUGACCGAGGAGAACCAGACAUGGAUUCAUGCAAGCUGAUUAAAAAGCUGUUCCACAUCAAGACCUCCAGAUAUUCCAAACAAAGAAUGAUCAAGAAUAGUGCCCAGUGCACAUUAAUUAUUCUUCUUUCCAUGGGACUUGGUUAUGCAAUGAUAAAUGUUAUUUGGUCCCAAA